GAAGUGCGUUGUCACCUAAUUAUGCGUGGGCGGGGCGACUGUCCAAAUGAAAGGUUGGCGGCCCAACAGAGAGCAGCGGGCGGCCAAGGCGGCGGCCAAGGCGGCGGCGGCGGAGGAGAAGGCGGUGACGGCGGCCAAGCGUACGGCCAAGCGAGAGCGGGACAAGGAGCUCUGGGAGCAGCACCGGGCGGCGACGGCGGCCAAGGCGGCGGCCAAGCGAGAGCGGUACAAGGAGCUCUGGGAGCAGCACCGGGCGGCCAAGGCGGCCAAGAUUGAGCAGGACAAGGCGCUGGCGUGGGGGCCAUGUCUUGAGCGGGGCCGGGCGCCUACUCUGUCCUUUUCCAUUGGAGCAGAUCAACAUAAUCAUUUCAACGCAUGUUGCAUGAGCUAUCCCUGAGCUAGUCUUAUGUUUAGGAUGGUUGUUGGCGGGUGAUGAGGUGUGGUGUAGGCGUUUGUGCGUACCUGGAUGUAGGAGGCGGAGGCGCAACCCCAGUUGACACGCCGUCCUGAAUCCAAGUCUGUCGACGAGGGGAUGCUGCUUCGGCGGUUGAUAGCCCCUAUACACCCCGUCA